CAAGUGUCACUUUGGUUGAAUUGGAACGACGGAUUUCAUAACCUCAAAAAAUUGUGCAUCUUUCAGCGAUAUUGUGUUUUAUUUAAUAUUUAUCUGUUCAUUAAACACAUAAAGAUGCUUACCAGGCUUCGAUUCAGAAAAGACUUUCGGCUUAUAGUAAGAUGUUUAGCAGACAAACCUUCAGACGGUGAUGGAAAGGCACUUGAAUCGAAGGCUGCACCAGCAAAGCCACAGAAGUCUUCAGAUAAUGCCACGGAAAAGAUUCAAGAGUUGCUAAAGUUAAUGUUGGCUGAACCUAAAAUAAAAGAGAGUGAAUAUAAGCAGUUCGCGACUGCGCCCACGAUAGAGAGAAGAAAGAAAGGAGAUGGAACUCAAGUUACGAAGGAGAAAAUAGAGGAGAGCAUCACAAAAGCAGCCAGUGACGUGGCUCAAGCUCUUGGUGGUGAUGUGAAGCAGACGGAAGCUGAACUACUGUCCCGGGUACUGGGCAAGAUCAAUCAGACUUCUACCACGCUCAGUGAUCUUCUAGUAGGCAUGAAGGUAGACCGUACCAAAGAGCCUGAAGACCUGCAGAAGCAGGAGACACGAGGCCAGCAGGUUAAACGUCUGGUUAAUAAGAACAAGGUCGAGGCACAGAACACCAGGUACUAUCAGAGGAAAAAUAAGACUGCUGAUGGCGAGGAGAGAGGAGGAGACAGGAGAAGGACAAUGUCAACAGCCCAACCAACCACAGUCAAUAUAUUCAGUGGGGAGCCUCUAGGCAUCUUCAAAACUAAAGAAGCUAACUACGGAACCAAGCUGGACGUCUGGGAGAACUUGCAACAGCGCGAGUUGACGCUGGCCACCUCACAGCCACCCGCCAACUACUUCCAGAAGAUGAUACUGUGGACUGAACAAGGAAAAGUCUGGAAAUUCCCCAUUAAUAAUGAACAAGGUUUAGAAGAAGAACAAAAUGUACAUUUCUCAGAGCACAUAUUCCUUGACUCCCACCUGGAAGGUUGGUGUCCCAAGAAGGGCCCCAUCAGACAUUUCAUGGAGCUUGUAUGCGUAGGUUUAUCCAAAAACGCAUUCUACACGGUCAAAGAAAAGAAAGACCAUAUAAUGUGGUACAAAGAGUAUUUUGAGUCCAAGAAGGAUUUAUUGUCAGAGGUUGGCGCUUGGGAAGGCCAACCAGCCAGUGCUGAAGCUACUCAGAGUUAAUUUAUAAGUUUAAUUAUUAUGUAUUACACGAAAUAUAUUAGUUUUACAGUGUU